AUGAGUUUCCUGUCAUCAAUCGGUCAAUACGUGGUCGGCAUGGCCGACAGCGUGGCCGGGCUGGCGUUGUCGCCACGCCGCGCGCCACCGCCCCGUCAUCGCUCCGAGGACACGCAGCAGAAGCCGCAACCAUCCACCGCUACUAUGCGAGGUUUUCCACGAGUGGUGCCGACCGAAGGUGUGUCAGCUUUGGGCGCUCGCCGCCGCACGCUGGACUGCCUAGCGCCGCUCGCACCGCCGCGCCGCGGAGGCUCGCUGCGUGCUCCCCGCCAGCAGCCGCCGGAGAAGCCGACCAUGGCUUUCUGCAAGCGACGCCUCUCCUGGCCUGAAGUAGACAACUCCGUCAACUCGGGGGUUCAAGAUACAGAUGGAUCGUAUUUCGAGAGCUUCACGGCUCUGUCUUGGCGACAAGAGAAUCGUCGCCUUGCAGCGCUGCGUCUGGCGGAGGCUCGUGCCGAGCGCCCGCCCCCGGCGCCCCAUGAUCUUGGUUUGCCCAGCGUGUCCGCACAGCUCUCGCACAAGGAACAUGAACAUUUGUAUACUGAGGUGUUGUAUUGCAUUGAGAAUGCGGUAGGCGCUCCGGCACCUGACGGUCAAUUCGCGGCCUACAAGGAAGAAGUGAUUGAAUACGCUCGCCGCGCGUUCAGAGUCCCAGCGGACAUCCACGCGCGAGCUCUUCGUGCGGCUGGCAGUGAACGACCACCAACUGUCGUGCUGGGAUGUGCUGUUAUUGAAGCAGACGGACUCGAAGCUAAAGAUGCUAACGGAUUUAGCGAUCCGUAUUGCAUGCUCGGAAUUCAACCGGCUUCGUUGCCGGCGUCGCCACGGGCAUCGGAGGACGAGGGGCGCAAGCACGGCUUCCGACUGAGUUUCAAGCGGCGCGAUGGUCGGCAGCAGCGCGACAGCCUCGGCCGCCUGCCCGCACGUUACAUCCGCGCCACUAGUGUUAGACCGCACACAUUAUCGCCCAAAUGGAAUGAGACUUUUAAAUUUGACAUUGAUGACAUAUCCUCGGAUGUUCUGCACCUGGAUAUCUGGGACCAUGAUGACGAGAGUUCAGUGCUGGAUGCGGUCUCCCGACUGAAUGAAGUGCGCGGCGUACGCGGCCUCGGCCGAUUCUUCAAGCAAGUCUGCCAGAGCGCCCGACAGGGUAGUCAGGAUGACUUUCUUGGAUGUGUGAAUAUUCCACUGCGAGAAAUACCAUCAACGGGCGUGGAAGCGUGGUACAAACUGGAGGCGCGAUCGCAGCGCUCGUCAGUACAGGGACGUAUCAGACUUCGUCUCUGGCUGUCGGCCCGGGAAGCUGGUCGUCACGAUGACGACAAUUGGCAGCAGGUACGACAACACGAGCGUCUGUUCGGUGUAUUGCUCGCGCAUGAAGUGGAAACUGCAAACAUCUUGAGGGCUGAAUGUGGCGGCGAGAGCGAGGCCGGGAGCAGUGCGAGCGCGGCAUGGGAGGGCGAGCUGUGCGGAGCGGCGCAGACUUUACUGCACCAGCACGCCGUGCAAGGGGAUCUGAGCACGCUGCAAGCUGCGAUCGCUCGCUUUGCAGCGGCCUGCCGUCUUAAUAGCGAAGCUCCGUUGGAUCCAAAGUACAUGUACAAGCUUCUAACAGAGUUGGAGAGAACAUGGUGCGCUCAGGAGACCCUGUCCGGUGGCGGCAGCGGCGACGCUGGGGUAGGAGUAUCGCGUGACGAAGAGCGUUGGCUCGCCGACUGCUUCGGAGAGUUCGUUGACCGCGCUUUGCACCAGCUGCGCCUGCACCGAGACUUGUACCCAGUGCUGCAUAACAUGAGUCUCAAUCAAUUAGAAUAUCUGUUGCGAUGCCUAAAUCAACUGUCGCAAAUGAAAGCUUUCUGGCGUUGCUGCCCUUUCAACAAGGAAAUAAGAAGUGAAAUAGUGGGCGCUCUUCGUAAAGGUACCGCGGAAUGGUACGAAGCUCUCUGUGCCCAGGAUACGAGGUCCGAACGAGGCGAGGAUUUGGUCAAUUUGAUCACCUUGGUCCAGAUAGACUUGCAGCAAGGAUUGACUUACUAUCAUCCAUUGUUUGAAACAACCAAUAACGUGCCGUAUUUCACUGUAGUGUUUACGCAGAUCGAUAAAAUGGUGUCAGAAGAUGUUAGACUGUGCGUAGAGCAUUGGAUAACAGAGGGCUGGUGUGGCGUGGCUGAAGAGGAAUUAUAUGAUGAACAUGGAAACGGAGUGUGCGUGGUGUCGGCGAAGACGUUGCCGUUCGAAGUUCUAGCGGCGGUCCGCGAGCUGUGCGCCGCAGCCGCGCCUGCACCCUCCCCACACCCCGCCACAGACCCACCGCCGCAACUGCUCGAGGCCUAUUUUUGGUUCGAGCCCUUGAUCGACCGUUGGCUGGCUGUGACAAAGACAAUGGCGCUACAGAGAGUGCGCGCCGCUGUUGAAUUAGAUCGACCAGUGGAAGGAGAGCAUCUCGUUAAGCACAGCACUUCUUCAGUCGACACUGCCGCUUGUUUGUACCACAUGCGUCUGGUGUGGCGCGCGAUCGGGGGCGCGGAGGAGAGCGCAGGCGGCGGUGUGCGGCUGCUGGAGGCGGCAUGCGCCACUGCGCUGCACUACGCCGACCUAGUGCACGGCGCGCUCGCCGACCAGGGGUACUACGAGAACCAUGGGCAAAAUAAAACAACGGAGGAGAUAUGUACGAUUGUAAACAACCUGGAGUACGUGCGGCGCUCGCUCGCCGAGUACGACGAUGAGCACAUUGUAAAUGACGACAACGCAAGGCAACUGGUUCGUGGCGCUCUCAGCACGCUCGACGCGCGUUCAUCCCGCGCUGCGGCGCCGCUUGCAGCGCGUGCUCGUCCUCCGCUGCGCAAGGCGGUGUUCCAUCUAGCGUGGUCACCAGACACCUUGCCAACUCCGCAGGCUAUAACUCCUUUAUUGGAGUUCUUAGAUCAGCAUCUAUCGUCAUUGAAUACAUGGCUGCUGCCGCGUGCAUUUACUCGAGCUUUAGCCGGGUGUUGGAGCGCGGUGUUGAAGGAAGUGUCGGCUCAAGCGGACGCGGGGGGCGCGGAGAAGCCAAGGGUCUACCAUCACCGACUGAGAGAGGCACUUGAUUUGCUCGCUGAGUUCUUCCAUGCAGAGGGAAAAGGUCUGCCGAUGUCGGAUGUACACAGCGGCGAGUGGUCACGGCUGGAGCAGCGCAUGCAGUUCCACCAGGCGCAGACAGAGGAGCUGCUGGAGCUGUGGCUGGCUGACCGCGUCAUGGACCAAGCGCGCACCCCCAUGCCUUCUCCCUAUGGCUCCAUAUUAGUCAGAGUGUACUUCAACCACGACUCGCUGUGUGUGGAGGUGCUGUCGGCGCGUGACGUCAUUCCACUCGACCCUAAUGGAUUGAGCGACCCCUUUGUAGUGCUCGAGCUACUUCCAAAGCGACUGUUUCCCAAAGCUCAUGAACAGACCACUAACGUUCAAAAGAAAACGCUAAACCCGGUUUGGGACGAAUGUUUCGAAUUCGCGGUGUCGCUGGAGGCGUGCCGCUCCCCGCAGGCCACUCUGGCGCUGUCGGUUUGGGACCGCGACGUGCUCACCGCGGACGAUUUCGCGGGCGAGGCUUUCGUGCCGCUGUCGCGCGUGCCCGGCGUUAACAGCCACGCGCCGCCCGACCCGCUGCGUCCGGUUGAACUGCCGCUCAUGCAGCUACAUGACCGGGGGCAUCCGAUUUUGCAAAUCCUGGAGUCACGUACAACGGACAAAAUGGCGAUGGAUUUCGUCAAGAAACAAAAAUUACGAUUCGCCGAACAGUAA